UAAUUUUGUAAUAACUGCUUAUAAAAGAGAUCUCACUGACCGCUUCAACUUGUUUGCUAAUAAUGACAACCAGGCAUAAACACAAUACAUGCAGCAAAAGUGCCCAUGUAAUAAAGUCAGAUUCCAAAUCAAUGCCAUGUAUAUUCAUUCCCUCCGAGCCAAGCUCACCGCGUCUCGCUUCCUGCUCCCAGCACAGCGCUCUUUUGCGCAGGUACCUUCUGCUCUAAAAAGUUGGCUGGCGCCGAGGUUUACAAAUGAAAUGGAUCUCGGCCACCUGCGAAGGAAACGUUGCAGCGCACAACCUGCAGGAAGAUCAGUCCGCCGAAAAGGAUGUAUUAAAAAGUAAUUUUCUGUGUAUUUCGGUGAAAGGGAGGUUAUAGCGGCGUAAAGAUUAAUGCAGUGGAACGAAAAGAGAAGAAAGAGCAAAGGAGUCAAUCCUUCCCGUGGCUUCGUUCGGGCUCCGCCCCCCUUGUGGCGCUUCAUUUGAUCAAAUCCUCCAACGUGAACAGCUUCUGUGAAAACCACUUUUAUAACACUGCAAGUGUAUACCGACAACUUCCAGGGAGUUCUUUGCCGGGAUUGGGGAUUAUCAUUGUUCAAACUGGUCUGCACUGAAAGGAAAGAAAGGAAAAGCUCAGUUUCAUUGAUCGCGAUGGAGAGGAGGGUUGGAUUCUGUCCUUUCUGGCAAAUUGUAUUUGUGCUGUGGCUUCUCAUCUCCACAUCUUUCGUUCUUUUUACCGAGGCAGAGAUAAGUUGCAGAUCCUGUCAGGCUGGAGCUCGUCCGGUGGGAUUGUUUAGACUUCAGGAAAUGGACAAUCGUGGAAUAUCAGACGGAAAUAUUCCCUGGGACGUUAUAAAGUAUCCCGACUGGACCGAUGAGGCAGACUCUGCAGACGCCGCAAAGAGCCGUUCUGCACUCGGCUGCAGAGAGCACCAGUCCGGCUGUCUCUCAGUUAAAAGCCGAAAGGUGAGGUCGGUGCGAAAGCGCAACGUAGACGUGGAGUUCUCUCCUGUUGGACUACUGGAACUGGCCGAAGACAGGAAGGAGACUGCUAGUCGAGACAAAAAAGUUUCCAGCGUUAGUCAUGAUGAGAAGGUCGACCGUAUCAGGGCAUCACUAAAUGAAAGCCAUGGACACAGGGGCAAAAGGGGUACCUACGGACCGUUACCGGAGGAGAAGAGCCGUAUGCCUGCGGGCGGCAGCUAUUCACUGCCGACUGGACACAUACCGAGCCGAUCCGAACUGAUGUGGACAAGUGAGGAAGGGAGAAUGACCAAUCCAAGGCAGGAGGAGUUCAAACUCACAAGCAGCACCUUUUCGUUGACAGGGGAUUCUGCUCACAAUCAAGCCAUGGUGCAUUGGUCGGGACAAAACAGCAGUGUGAUUCUAAUCUUGACAAAGCUGUUUGACUUCAAUCUGGGAAGUGUCACAGAGAGCUCUUUGUGGAGGUCUACAGACUAUGGAACUACUUAUGAGAAACUGAAUGAAAAAGUCGGACCGAAGACAGUGUUGAAUUAUUUAUAUGUGAGUCCUAAUAACAAAAGAAAGAUAAUGCUCCUGACUGACCCUGAGAUUGAAAGCAGCUUGUUGAUCAGCUCAGAUGAAGGAGCCACUUAUCAGAAAUACCGGUUGAGUUUCUACAUUCUAAGCCUGCUAUUUCACCCAAGACAAGAAGACUGGGUUUUAGCAUACAGCCAUGAUCAGAAGUUGUAUAGCUCUGUGGACUUUGGAAGAAGAUGGCAGUUGGUACAUGAAAGAGUGGCCCCCAACAGAUUUUACUGGUCUGCAGAAGGGUUAGAUAAGGAGCCAGAUCUAAUUCAUCUGGAGACAAGCACAGCAGAGGGGCGUGCCCAAUAUAUCACCUGCAAGCUUCAAAACUGCACUGAGGCCAACAAAGGGAAACCAUUUCCUGGACACAUUGAUCCCAAUUCCUUGGUUGUUCAAGAUGAGUAUGUGUUUGUUCAGGUGUCAACGGGAGGUCGGCCAGUUUAUUAUGUGUCCUAUAAAAGACAAGCCUUCGCACAGAUGAAGCUGCCGAAAUACACACUGCCUAAGGACAUGCAUGUCAUCAGCACCGAUGAGAAUCGGGUGGUGGCUGCUGUGCAGGAGUGGAAUCAGAACGACACCUAUAAUCUCUACGUAUCCGAUGUACAAGGCGUCUUCUUCACUUUGGCUUUGGAGAAUGUAAUGAGCAGCCUUGGACUCGAGGGAAAUAUCAUGAUUGACCUCUACGAGGUAGCAGGGAUAAAAGGAAUGUUCUUAGCAAACAAGAAGCUUGAAAACCAAGUGAAGACGUACAUCACCUACAAUAAAGGACGAGACUGGCGUUUACUGCAGGCACCCGAAGCAGACCUCAGAGGGAAUGAAUUCCACUGCCAUCUGCCCUAUUGCUCUUUACACCUACACCUUCAAGUGUCUGACAAUCCAUACGCUUCUGGAAACAUUGCCAGUAAAGAGUCUGCACCUGGGAUCAUAGUGGCAUCAGGUAACGUUGGGACUGAGCUGUCAAGCAGGAAUGUCAGUAUGUUCAUCACGUCUGAUGCUGGAAACACAUGGAGACAGAUUUUUGAAGAGGAGCAUAGUGUUCUUUACCUAAAUCAAGGAGGGGCUCUAGUAGCCAUUAAACAUACUCCUCUACCCAUUCGACAUGUUUGGCUCAGUUUUGAUGAAGGCAAGCUAUGGAAAAAGUACAGCUUCACAUCAGUCCCUCUAUUUGUAGAUGGUGUGCUUGGUGAACCUGGCGAUGAAACUUUAAUCAUGACGAUCUUUGGACAUGUUAGCCAUCGGUCAGAAUGGCAGCUUGUAAAAGUAGAUUACAGAUCAAUUUUCAAUAGAAGGUGUGUCGAAGAAGACUAUCAGACAUGGCACCUUCAUAACCAGGGUGAUCCUUGUAUCAUGGGGAUGAAAAGAAUUUACAGAAAGCUUAAACCACCAGCCAGGUGCAUCAUGGGAAGGGAGCAUUCUCUGACAAUGACAUCAGAGCCAUGCCUCUGCACUCAGUCUGACUUUGAGUGUGAUUAUGGUUAUGAGCGCCGCAGUGAUGGGAAAUGUUUGCCGGCCUUCUGGUUCAAUCCAUCUUCCAUUGCUAGAAGCUGCACAGCUGGGAAGAGUUUUCUCAACAGUACUGGGUACCGGAAGGUGGUUUCUAAUAAUUGCACAGCUGGAGUAAAGGAAAUAUUCACAGCCAAAAAAGAGCAGUGCCCCAGCAGACCGCCUAGGGGUCUCCACCUUGUCACAAGUGACAGUAAGUUGACGGCUACCCAGGGAACGAACGUCACUUUUCUCAUCUUCCUUGAAGAGGGUGAAGGACCCAGAACGAGCAUCAUGUUAGAUUUUGGAGAUGGUAAUGCUAUUUCCUAUUCUAAUGUGAGUUCAAUUGAAGAUGGAAUCAAACAUAAUUACAAGAAUGUGGGAAUUUAUAAAGUGGUUGCUGUUGCUGAGAAUAAUUUAGGAUCUGACAAUGCUGUCCUCUACCUGCAUGUCAUAUGCCGCCUGGAUCAUGUUCAUCUUUCUGCUCCAUUUGUUGCUAUUAAGAACAAAGAGGUAAACCUAACAGUGGUCCUGUCACCCAGCCAAGUGGGCACAGUCACCUACAUUUGGUGGCUUGGUAACUACACUGAGCCUAUAAUCACCCUGGAGGGAAGUAUCUCCUUCACUUUUUCAAGAGAAGGAAUUAACACUGUCACAGUGCAAGUCUCGUCGGGGGACACACUGCUCCAAGAUAAAAAACGGGUUGCAGUACAUGAAUAUUUUAGAUCUCAUCUUCUGGCCUUUUCAUCUAAUCUGGAUGAGUACAAUCCUGAUGUUGUGGAGUGGAGACAAGAUAUCAGUAGAGUCAUCAAGAACUCCUUAGUGCAAGCCACUGGCAUCGCAGAAAAACAGCUAUUGGUGUCAGUAUUACCAGGUUUGCCAACAGCUGCAGAAUUCUUUGUUUUACCAGAUAAAGAAAUCACAGAAGGAAAACCAGAGAGGAAUGCAGCACAUGUUGACCAGCUUUCAGAGAUUCUGCUAAAUGCCCUAAAUCAAAAUUUAGUGCAGUUCACACUAAGGCCAGGCGUUCAGAUCAAUGUCUACGCUGCUCAUUUAUCAGCAGCUCCUCUUGUGGACAUCAGUGAAGGACACAGUGGCUCUGCAAUGAUGAUGUUGCUCUCUGUCGUAUUUGUGGGUUUAGCUGUGUUUGUCAUUUACAAGUUUAAAAGGAAGAUCCCUGGCAUCAAUGUCUAUGCACAAAUGCAGAAUGAAAAAGAACAGGAAAUGAUCAGUCCAGUUAGUCCCAGUGAAAGCACUCCAAAUACACAGAGAGACUUGGCGACUUCACUGGAGAUACUGGAUGAAGAAUUAGAUACACGGGCAAUAGGAUGCAUUUCACCACAAGCUGACAAGAUCUCAAAGGAAAUCCCAACAUACGUUAAUGUCUGAACUCUGAAAUCCACAGAAUAGAUAAAGCUGAAGUAUGGACUUUUGUAGACCAUUCAGACACAAAAGGUUUUAAGCUUUAAACCUGUGCAUGUGGACAUUGACGACACAAACUGUGUUCUGUGGAUAUUUGAAGAUACUGUGUACAGGUUUUUGUAUGUCUUUACAAAAUACUCCAUUUUUUGACAACCUUUAUUUAUACAAGGUAUAGUACAUACUUCCGUUGGAAAUCAACAAAACCUGCAUGUACAAGAAAAUGUCUUAGUUCGCUUAUAUGGCUUUUUCAUUUAUUUGCUCCAUUUAAGUGCUAGCAGGAGUGGUAUGCUGCUUAAUCAUGAAAACAUUGAGAAAGCAAGAGAAAAAAGUGAAAAAGACAAGAAAUAUAAAGGAACUCUAUUUUUUGUAAAUUAUGAAGUGCUUGUGAAUACGAAUAUGCGUUUUUAAAAAUUAAACAUUAAAUCCACCUGUUCAAUAACUGAGCUAUGACAGUAGACUUUGUUUGACUCACAAUGGCUAUAUUUACUUUUUGUUUAAU